AUGGCUGACCCUGCGGGCGACAGUGACGUCUUGCCGGCCCAAGACAAGGUCAAGUUCACCGAGGCCUUCAACGUUUGGGACAAGCACCAGCAGGGUUACAUCCCCUGGAAACCGGACUUCGCGAAUCUUUGGAGAUCAAUCGGGCAGAACCCAACGGAGGGUGAGAUCCGACGCAUCAUCGAAGAGAAUGAUACCGGCACAGGACACUUCCAGCUGGAGACUUUCCUGAAGCUGUGUGAGUCGCGUGAAGAUGCGCUGAGAAAGGAGCAGCUCAUCGAGGCCUUCAAGACCUUUGACAAGGAUGGAAAGGGCACAAUCACCCUUGCACAGCUCCGCUACGUGCUCAUGCAGCUGGGAGAUCCGCUUGAUGAUGAAGAAGCAGAUCAAUUUAUAGAAUUUGCGGACAAGAACAAAGAGGGGGCAUCUGCUGAGAUUGACUAUGAGGACCUGGUGGAGAGGCUGGACACCCGCGAUCAGAAGUUUUGA